AAAUAGUUAGAAGCAAGCGCUUUAUUAUGAUGUGCGUGCCACCUCUCUAUUACGCUCGGAAAUGGCACCCGUAGGACUUGUGUGCAGUAUAAAACAUGGACAGGUUGUCCACCCCCCCUCCUGAAAUACCCACCUCAAGAUUAUCUUUGAACUCGCCAAAAUGGUCCGAAUUGCUAACAACGUCGUCGCUACCCAGCUUCGCGGCCAGGCUCAGGAUGCUGCAGCUAACAACGGCGUCAAGAAUGCACAUGUACAGAAGCAGAAUUUGCCCCAGUUGCCCAAUGAACAUGCGAGGCAACAGAACCAGCAACCUCGUCCACAGAGUGCUGGCCAAAGGAAUAAUGCGCCGAGGCCCAACUCCCAAUCGCAUGUGACAGGAAACAACAAUGCUCAAGUCAUUACCACCGCCCAGAAAGAGCGGGUUGAAAACCAGCGCCAACAGCGUGUCCGCCGUCCCGUGAGCGCGGGAGCCAAUGCCCAGCACACUCAGCGCAAACGCCCACGAUCUUCUUCAUUCGACGUUAACCGAGACGAAGUCCGUAACGACGACCAGGAGGUCCAUGGCAAGGACUUUGAUCUCCACGCAGAGCGCAUCAGUAGCGCGAACCAAAAGCGUCAGGACAGAAAGCAGCAGCGUCGUGAUAGACAGCAAAUAAAGCAAGCCGGAGAUGUCAAAGAUCAUAGGCGUGAGGUGAAGGGAACUAGAGGAGGCCUUCGCGGACGCUAAGGAAUAUUGCGACUACCAUAAAAAGGCCGUACUCGACACCGCCGAUAAACAACACCAAAAAUUAGGAGACCAUGAGAUGGAAAUACGUCCUAGUGGACACCAACGAGUAUUGCCUCUACCCAUAUAAAAAAACGCUAUAGAGAUGAUAUCAUUGCUAAAUAUCUACCAGUAAAAAUGCUUGUUUAAUACCAAUAAAGUGUCCUAUCCCGUAUGGA